AUUAAAUUCAGAUGUACCAAUUAUGCAGAGAGCUUAAAGUAUGUCAAAACAUUUUCACAAGAAGAUCAAUCUUACAUACUGGUAAGUUAUUUACAAAACACAUUAAUGUUUUAACAGUCAUGGAUCCACGAACACCUGACAUUGCUGUGUUCCAGCUUUAAAAGAUGAUGAAACAGCAUCAACAAAAUGACGAUACACCAAUACUGAAUACCGUAACAGCUGUUAUGGCAACUCAUUGACCAAAUUGUAAAGCAGAGCUAGCCGAUUUGGAAGCAUGGCUUUUGGUAGUCUGGUUUUAAAUUCAGAAUGUCCAAAAAGACUUAUCAAACACACUGUAGAAUGUCUUACAACAGGAAGAGCAACGUCAACUUGUGUCCAACGACACCAUGUGAGAAAAGCUUGGGACAAGUUCGAACAAAGUGGAGAAGCACACCGUUCAUUCAAAGAUGAAGAAGUGAUACAAAUAAAAGAUGAAAUUAGAGAUUGGGAACUCUUUCAUGACAGUAAGACACAAAAGAAGAAACCCUCCGAUCUUCGUGUGUGCUACCUCGCUGGUGAAAACCCUCUUAAUGAUCUCAAUGUUUUUAUCAAAAAUGGUGUCCUUAGCCAGAACAUUUGGGCCAUCGAAAAAGACCCCAAGAUUCAGAAAAAGGCAGAGAUGGCUUUGACAAAGUCAGCCAAAACCAUACAUGUCCAGUUUGUCAAGGCUAAUUUUAUUGAGAUCAUGAAAGACGAGCAACAAGAUAAAUUUGAUAUAAUUUACUUUGAUGCAUGUGGUUCAUUACCAUCUAAGAAACAGGAGACCUUAAAGGCCAUAGGACAUGUGUUCCUCUACAACAAGCUGGCAUCUCCAGGUGCACUGAUAACUACCUUCUCGUUUCCAGCAAUGGAUACCGAGGACUAUGAAGGAAUCGAUUUAUGUCAAUUGGCGAAAGGAUAUUUGAAAUUCCGUCUCAAGAACACCAYUGAACAUCCUUCAGAUCUUGAAGARUUCGUUGACUCGAGGUCGGAUGAGGAAAACUACAGCGACUACAUAACCUACCAAGUUAUCGAUACAGCAUACAUGUACAUCCCCGCUCUAAGAAUGCUUUCUUCAAAUUCCAGAUACAGAAAAUCACUUUGGCAGCAAUUGUUUCCAGAAGAAAAACGCAUUUUCAAGGACGUGGAAACAAUUGACAAACACUCCUCGAGUUUUGUAUUGCAGAUGUGGGAGCAUAUGAUAGAAUGUAAGGACCAAAUGAUUGAGUUUUUCACAGACGGUGUGAAGAAUCUUGAUCCAUCAGCUGAACCUCCCCAGAAUGCUCUAUUGCACCUGUGGACAAACUCUCAGGAGAACCCAUAUUUCAAAGCAGGGCAAAAUCCGCAUGACCUUGCCGCAAUGCUUUCAUUUUUUCGGUACGGGAAGAUAGCUCAUCCAUCAUUUAUCGUUCCAGAAAAACUCUUGCGCUUGAAACACCAUGAUUUACAUGAAGGGCAGAUGUUUUCUGAUGUAUUCAUUUUUGACAACUGCCAGUAUAUGUUUCAGCAGUUACCUUCUGUGGACUAUGAAUAUUCUGCAAUCUUCCAACCAAAAACGUUUUGGGUAGUCCAAACUAUCGCCGAAUGCCUGGCAAAUAAACUAGGAUUUAUAUACAGAAAUGACUUUGACUAUUGCCAGUCUACAACAUCAGAUGAGCCAAUAGAAGUUCCAGAGAGGAAACUCAUAAUUCUCACAAAAGAUGACUUCAUGACUGGGUUAAAGUACUCAAAAUCCCUGCUAGACUUCAAUGAAUGCCUUGAUAACACUGAGAAUAUGAAUAAAUACACACCAAAUCAUCUAAGGAUUGGGCCUCGCAAGUCACCUUUCAGUCGGAAAGACAGCCUACGCAGGUCGUGUCCAGAAAGAGGUCCUCAACAUCGGGUAAGAUGGCUAGCUAAGGAGUUAGAAGCUAUAAUCCUGGAAACACUGGAUCCAAUUGAAAAGUGGCAUAAACAUUUUAAAUAAAUGGAUCUUUGCAGAAAAGUUGAUCGAUUUGUAUAACUGAAUUCGGGGAAGGGCGUGUCACUAUUUUUUUUCUAGAGAUCUAAGAAUUUUUUCCUCGAAAUUUCCAAACCGAAGUAAGUGAAAGAAAAAAG